AUGCGUCUCCUUCGCACGGCUGAUCUGACAUUCCAUGAGUACGAAGGCUCCUCCAUACCACCAUAUGCCAUCCUUUUGCAUCGAUGGGAAGGCGAAGAAGUCAAGUAUCAAGACUUCAAGCAUCGAACGGCCGCUAUAGAGAGCAAGUCUGGAUUUGGAAAGAUCCAGCAAUGCUGUCAACAAGCACAGGAAGUCAAGAUAAAACUUGCAUGGGUCGAUACAUGCUGUAUCGAUAAAUCCUCGAGUGCAGAACUAUCGGAAGCCAUCAAUUCGAUGUACCAAUGGUACCAACGAUCACAAGUCUGUUACGUCUAUCUAUCAGAUGUGGGGACUUCGUCCAGCUUCCGAAAGUCUGUCGACGAUGGACUCCCGGUCACACUUUCGCGAAGGUUCAUCUCAAGGAUCAUGAGAAGCAAAUGGUGGACACGAGGCUGGACUUUACAAGAACUGAUAGCCCCAGUCUCUGUUGUGUUCUACGUUAAUGGUCAAGGCAAUUGGGUAAAGGUCGGCUCAAAGAGCACAUUACUUGACUUGAUUGUCGCCAGGACAAGCAUUCAAGGAGAUAUAUUGCGUGGUCAAGAACGAGGACCUGGCAUACUGUCUCCUCGGAAAACAUCUCGGAGCGAGGACCUGGCAUACUGUCUCCUCGGAUUGUUCGGUGUCAAUAUGCCUCUACUCUAUGGAGAGGCAACAAAAGCAUUUCUGCGCCUCCAGGAAGAAAUUAUGAAACAGCCGGAUGACCAGACUCUCUUCGCAUGGCAACUUGGCUUUGAGAAUAUGAAGAAUGAUAUAUGCGGACCUUUGGCUCUACAUCCAUCGAAAUUUUGGGAAGCCGGCAAUCUGCAACCAGACCCUGAUACUGAUGCCCAAAGUCCAUAUUCGAUGACCAACAAGGGCCUAAGGAUUGAACUCUCCAUUGAAAACAAAGGCAAUGAUGCAUACGGGAUGGCGAUCUUACAUUGUGGAACCCACAGUACAUCAUCCAGGCAGUUGGGGUUGCCUGUCAUACGCCUUGGACCACCGGAGGCAAAUACCUAUGCUCGCGAUGCUCGCUACAAUGGACCCCUGGUGUCCGUCACGGCCAAGAAGGGCACUUUCAAAGUGGUUUUCAUGAAGCAAGAGCCCGGGUAG